AGCGAGUGCUGUUCAAAGUUGGGACAUCGAUAGUGAAACGCAAACAUCGAUAAGUCGCUGCCUGAGUCGAUAUUAUUUAUGUAUUUGUUGUAAAACAAAAAGAGCGCGAUUUUGUGCAAAAAAUCGCAUAUAAUAAGAUGCACAUCAAGCAGAUUAUUAUACAAGGCUUCAAGAGUUACAAGGACCAGACGGUGGUGGAACCAUUCGACAAGCGCCAUAACGUUGUUGUUGGACGUAAUGGCUCCGGGAAGAGCAACUUCUUCUACGCGAUCCAGUUUGUGCUAAGCGAUGAGUUCACCCACUUGCGGCCGGAGCAGCGCCAGUCGCUUCUGCACGAGGGAACAGGUGCCCGCGUCAUCUCCGCCUAUGUGGAGAUCAUCUUCGACAACUCGGACAACCGAGUUCCAAUCGACAAAGAAGAGAUCUUUCUGCGGCGCGUGAUUGGCGCCAAGAAGGACCAGUACUUCCUCAACAAGAAGGUGGUGCCGCGCAAUGAGGUGGUCAAUCUGCUGGAAUCGGCUGGUUUUUCCAGUUCAAAUCCCUACUACAUUGUUAAGCAGGGCAAAAUCAAUCAGAUGGCAACUGCCGCCGAUUCCUAUCGUCUCAAGCUGCUCCGCGAGGUCGCGGGAACGCGUGUUUACGACGAACGGAAGGAGGAGUCGUUGAAUCUAUUGCGCGAGACGGACAGCAAGGUGGAGAAAAUCAGUGAGUACCUAAAGACCAUCGAGGACCGGCUCCAGACGCUCGAAGAGGAGAAGGAAGAGCUAAAGGAGUACCAGAAGUGGGACAAGACGCGCCGCACGCUAGAGUACAUACGCUACGAAACCGAGCUGAAGGACACCAAGAAGGCUCUCGACGAGCUCCAGCUGCAGCGCAAGUCGUCCUCGGACAAAAAGAAGAUCUACAACAUUGAGAUUCAGAAGGCACAAGAGAAGAUCAAGGAUGUGCAAAAGAACCUUAAAGAGGCAAAGAAGAAAGUGCAGAGCACCAAGGAGGAGCGCUCCGUACUGAUGACGGAGCAGCAGCAGUUACUGCGCGAGAAAACGAAACUGGACCUAACCAUUGUCGAUCUAAAUGACGAGGUUCAGGGCGACAACAAGUCCAAGGAGCGGGCUGACCAGGAGCUUAAGAACCUCAAGGUAACGAUAGCGGAGCGCGAAAAGGAACUGGACGACGUAAAGCCCAAAUACGAGGCGAUGAAGCGCAAGGAGGAGGACUGCUCCAGAGAGCUGCAGCUCAAGGAACAGAAGCGCAAGGAGCUUUACGCCAAGCAGGGUCGCGGUUCGCAGUUCUCCUCUAGGGAGGAUCGCGACAAGUGGAUCACCAACGAGCUGAAGUCCAUUAGCAAGCAGACGCGCGAUAAGAUCGCUCACCACGCAAAACUCGUGGAGGAUCUGAAGAAGGACGCUACCUCCGAAAAGGAUCUGGGUCAAAAGAUCGAGGAGCACUCAUCGGAGCUGGAGCAGCUCCGACUGCAGAUCGACGAGCACAACAAGAAGUACUACGAGCUAAAGAAGACCAAGGACCAGCAUCAGUCCAUGCGAAACGAGUUGUGGCGCAAGGAGACACAGAUGACGCAGCAGCUGCAGACGCACAAAGAGGAGCUAUCGCGGGCCGACCAGGCGCUGCGCAGCAUGGCCGGCAAGCCGAUCCUGAAUGGCUGCGAUUCUGUGCGCAAGGUUCUCGACAGCUUUGUGGAACGUGGCGGCCAAUCGGCGGAGAUUGCCCGUGCCUACUAUGGUCCCGUCAUAGAGAACUUCAGCUGCGACAAGACCAUCUACACGGCGGUGGAGGUAACAGCCGCCAAUCGGUUAUUCCAUCACAUUGUGGAAUCAGAAUACGAAGGCACGCAAAUCCUCAAGGAGAUGAAUAAGCUGAAGUUACCGGGCGAGGUGACCUUUAUGCCCCUGAACCGCCUUCAGGUUAAAAUACACGAUUAUCCGGAUGAUCCCGACUCCAUACCAAUGAUCUCCAAACUGAAGUACGAUGAACAGCACGACAAGGCGCUGAGGUAUAUCUUUGGAAAAACGCUCAUCUGCAGAAAUCUGGAGCGCGCCACCGAGCUGGCCAAGAGCACUGGCCUGGAUUGCGUUACGCUGGACGGAGAUCAGGUGUCCUCCAAGGGAUCCCUCACUGGUGGCUAUUUCAAUACAUCCCGUUCCCGUCUGGAGAUGCAAAAGAAGCGCACGGAAUACACCAGCCAGAUAGCUGAAUUCGAAAAGAAACUCAGCAAGCUGAGAAACGAGCUCAAGUCCACCGAGAACAACAUCAACUCAAUCGUAUCCGAGAUGCAGAAAACGGAAACGAAGCAGGGCAAGUCGAAGGAUGUGUUCGAAAAGGUGCAGGGCGAGAUUCGUCUGAUGAAGGAGGAGCUGGUGCGCAUCGAGCAGUAUCGUGCGCCCAAGGAGCGCUCACUGGCCCAGUGCAAGGCCUCAUUGGAGUCCAUGACCAGUACGAAGUCUAGUUUGGAGGCGGAGCUGAAGCAGGAGCUGAUGUCCACGUUGUCGUCGCAGGAUCAGCGCGAGAUUGACCAGCUGAACGACGACAUUCGUCGACUGAACCAGGAGAACAAGGAAGCGUUUACGCAGCGUAUGCAGUUCGAGGUGCGCAAGAACAAGUUGGACAACCUGCUGAUCAACAAUCUGUUCCGGCGUCGCGACGAACUGAUCCAGGCGCUGCAGGAGAUUUCCGUGGAGGACCGCAAGCGAAAGCUUAACAAUUGCAAAACGGAACUGGUUUCCGCCGAAAAGAGAAUCAAGAAGGUCAACUCCGAUCUGGAGGAGAUCGAAAAGCGGGUAACGGAGGCCGUGCAGCUGCAAAAGGAACUGCAGCAGGAGCUCGAAACGCAUGUGCGCAAGGAGAAGGAGGCCGAGGAGAAUCUUAACAAGGAUUCCAAGCAGCUGGAGAAAUGGUCGACCAAGGAGAACAUGCUCAACGAGAAAAUCGACGAGUGUACGGAAAAGAUUGCCAGCUUGGGCGCCGUGCCGCUAGUUGAUCCUGCCUACACGCGCAUGUCCCUGAAGAACAUCUUCAAGGAGCUGGAGAAGGCAAACCAGCACCUGAAGAAGUAUAACCAUGUGAACAAAAAAGCCCUGGAUCAGUUCUUGAGCUUCUCCGAGCAGAAGGAGAAGCUCUAUCGCCGCAAAGAGGAGCUCGACAUCGGUGACCAGAAGAUCCACAUGCUCAUUCAGUCAUUGGAGAUGCAAAAGGUGGAGGCCAUUCAAUUUACGUUCCGACAAGUGGCGCAAAACUUCACCAAGGUGUUUAAGAAGCUGGUGCCCAUGGGCGCGGGCUUUCUCAUCCUGAAGACCAAGGACAACGAUGGCGACGAGAUGGAAAAGGAGGUGGAAAACUCCGAUGCUUUCACAGGAAUCGGCAUUCGGGUUUCGUUCACCGGCGUUGAGGCUGAGAUGCGUGAGAUGAACCAGUUGUCCGGUGGACAGAAGUCGCUUGUCGCCCUGGCCCUCAUUUUCUCCAUCCAAAAGUGCGAUCCAGCUCCCUUCUACCUAUUCGACGAGAUAGAUCAGGCCCUGGAUGCAAUGCAUCGAAAGGCGGUGGCGAACAUGAUCCACGAGCUCAGCGACACUGCCCAGUUCAUUACGACAACGUUCCGGCCGGAAUUGCUGGAGAACGCGCACAAGUUCUACGGCGUGCGAUUCCGAAAUAAGGUCAGCCACAUUGAUUGUGUGACCAGGGAGGAGGCCAAGGACUUCGUCGAGGACGACAGCACCCACGCCUAGGAAAUUGCCCCGCCCAAAACCUCAUCCCUCAACCCACCACAACCAUCUCUCGCCCCAAUUAUUAGUUUCGUAGGCCUACGAUUUGUUUUCACAUUCUUUUGAAUCGUAUACAUAUAUAUAGUUUUUUUUCUAACGAUACUUGCUACAUUUAAUUUUCCUUAACAAUGAGAGUUCGUUUUCGGCCAGGCCGUGCACGUUGCGUGAAACACAUCGAGCCGGCGAACAAAACCGAGCGUAGAGCAACUCCAAACCCAGAUCAAUAUGUAAUAAAGCGCAUAGAGAAGUAAUUUAAACUAUAUUUAAAACGAAAAUAUGUAUUAAAAAACUUAUGCAAAAGGAAA